AUGAAGCCCGCAGUCAAGCAGGAGAGCGGCGAAGGCGAUGUCUUCUCCAGGCUCAUGACCUCUUACAAGGAGAACGAAGCGUGGAAAGAAGCGUCUACUGUCGAAGACCGCAAUUUCCGACCUACCAGGGCCAACCGAAGGAAAGCGCCAUUUUACAAAGUCUUGCAGGGCAUGCCCAUCUCUGUGGACGCCUUCCGCUACGGGGCCAUACCCAACUGCACGGCGUAUUUCUUGACACAUGCGCACUCGGACCACUACACGAACCUAUCGGCGAACUGGAAACACGGACCAAUAUACUGUUCGCCAGGAACCGCGAACUUGAUCAUCCAUAUGCUGAAGGUGGAUCCCAAGUGGGUUCACCCGUUGCCCAUGGACGUGCCUACCGUCAUAUCGAACACCGGCGGAGUCGAGGUCACCUUGAUCGAAGCCAACCACUGUCCGGGCUCGUGCUUGUUCCUCUUUGAGGGAAAGCAGACGGUCAACGGCGGGGACAGUGCGUACAAGUCCCCGUUCGUGGGCUCGCCAAGAAUCUUCCGCUACCUGCAUUGCGGAGACUUCCGUGCGUGUCCCAAACACAUUCUUCAUCCCGCGGUCAAGGGCAAGCACCUCGACCACGUCUACCUCGAUACGACCUACCUAGACCCCAAGUACUGUUUUCCGCCUCAACCGUUGGUCAUCUCCGCUUGUGCGGAACUCGCGAAACGUCUAGUCCAAGGGCGCGCCGUCGAGGAUGUUGACCCAGGAGAGACGAAACCUCGCACUGUAACUGGCUGGUUCACCCGGAAGGACAAGGGUGGCGAUAAGGGCAAAGAGAAAGACAAGGCUGCGUCGGCGCCCACCAAAGUUCUCGUCGUCGUAGGGACAUAUUCCAUCGGCAAGGAGCGCAUUGUGAAGGCUAUUGCGAAAGCGCUGGACACCAAGAUAUACUGCGACGCGCGUAAAGCCGCCAUCCUGCGCUGCGAAGAGGACCCAGAGUUGGACGCACUGCUCACGACCGACGCUUACGCCGCUGGGGUACACCUUGUGCCACUCGGAGUCAUCGCGUCUGACAGGCUCCAGGAUUAUGUCGACCGCUGGAAAGGUCGGUACAGCAGAGCCAUCGGGUUCAGACCGACCGGGUGGACCUUCACGCAGCCGAAGGGCAGCGACACGCUCCCGCCCAUCUCGACCGUGAUCACUCGCUCGCAGGGCCUGGGGUUCACGCACGCGAACCUACAGCCGAUGCGGAACUCGACGUCGACGCUGCAGGUGUACGGCGUCCCGUACUCGGAGCACAGCUCGUUCUUCGAGCUGACGUGCUUUGCAUUGUCGCUCGACUGGGGCCGGAUGAUCGCGACGGUGAACGUGGGGAGCGAGACAUCGCGGGGGAAGAUGGCGAAGUGGGUGGAGCGGUGGGAGGCAGAGAGGAAGAAGAGGGGCGGGGCGAAGGUUGUAGAGUAUCGUGCGGAGGAUUACUGGUAA